AUGGAAAAUGAGCCAUUAAACCAAAUAGUGGACGAAAUAACUUUUCAGAAAGAGGUACAAUAUUGCAAUAUUAUUGAAGAUAUAAAUGGUAGUGUUACUGCGGAAUUAGAUGGUAAUGAAAAUGCGCUUGAUUUUUUGAUAAACACUCAGGAACCAGCUGCAAUUUUUGAAAAAAAUGUUAAUGAAGACUGUGCUGACAAAAGCCAAGAGAAAACCUAUUUAAGUUUAUCAACUUGCUACCCGAUAAGCAAAAAAAUUAAUUUAAUAUUAAUCUGCAGAAAUAACAUGGAAGGAACUAAUGUUAAAGAAUCUCCUUUGUUGAAAGGAAGAAAGAAACUACCAAAUCCUUCACAUUGGAAAAGAGCCAAACAGAAGAUUUUGAGGUACAGUUCAAAGGGAUUACCUGAUGCUCCUUCAUGUGGUCACAGAGGGAAGAAAAAUUGCAGUUUGUUGAAGAUGCAAGAUAUAAAUAGGUUUCAUAGUGCAUUUUAUUCUGAAAAGACAAAAGCCAGCCAAGAUGCUUUCAUUCUCAAGUAUUGCACAGCAGAACAACCAAAAAGAACCAGAUCAGGAGACGGAUCAAGACAUACUAAAGGGGUAACCUACCAAUAUUGUAUUGAAACAACAGCAGGAAAUAGAUUAGAGAUAUGUAGAAACACGUUAAUUACUGCAUUGGGAAUCACAAAACACAGAAUUGAAGGUGUUUUCAAAAGAUUUAAAAAAGACGGAUGUCUCAUCCCCGUGGAAACUCGAGGUGGUUAUAGGAAGGCUAACAUAUAUCAGAAAAAAAUUGAUUCUGUAAUACAUUUUGUAAAGCAGUUUAAAGGCACAGAAUCACAUUACAGUAGGGCGAGGAGUACUCGUAUUUAUCUUGAUUCCACCCUGUCUAUUUCUAAAAUGUGGAAGAUGUACGAAGAAAUCCGAUGUUGA